AUGGUCCUCAAGUUUCUCCGUAUGGGCAUGGUGACCUUUUCGAUCUAUUCCCUGGUGGCAAUCCCCAUCUUAUUCCCAAUCAACAUCAUCGGUCAAAAUUCUCUGCCUGGUCUAACCUAUUUGACAAUGGGUAAUGUUACAGACGAUAGUCGUACAUGGGCACAUUGUUUAUUAGCUGUCAUUUUAUCAUGCUUGGUCUGGUAUUAUACCUUCAGAGAGACCAAGAUUUACAUCGUCCUCAGAAGAAAGUUUCUUCUUAGUCCUGAUUAUGCAGAUACCGUCGCUGCCCGUACCAUUUACGUUCCAUCCAUUCCCGCAAAUAUCAAUAAUGUUGAGGAUCUUGAAAAAAUCUUUAAUCGAUUUCCAGGUGGUAUUCGUCGUAUUUGGUUAAACAGACAAUUACACGAUCUCCCUGAACUUGUAGAGAAGCGUGAAAAGGCAGCUUUAAGUUUAGAGUCCACCGUCACAAAAGCCAUUUUAGCUACAUACAAACACAACAUGAAAUUAUCAAACAAGGUCGACGAAGAAGCUUUAAACGAAUCCGAUAUUCCUGACGCUAUUCGCCCCAAACAUCGUGAUUCUGUUAUACCUUUGCCCUGUUUUGGCCGUAAAGUAGACAGUAUCGAAUUUUAUCAUAACCAGAUCAAAGAACUUAACCACAGUAUCGGUGAAAAGCAACACGAUGCUUCCAGUUUCACACAAGUCAAUUCUGCAUUUAUUGAAUUUAAUCAACAAGUGGCUGCACAUAUGGCUGCACAAUCUUUGAUGCACAAAGAAUCCAUGCAAAUGGCUCCUCGUUAUAUUCAAAUCGCACCAUCUGAUAUCAUUUGGGAGAACAUGAAUAUCAAGUCUUACGAAAGAAUGCUUCGUCGAUUCGUCAGCAUCUCUAUCACCACGGUCAUCAUCAUCUUCUGGGCUGUACCCGUCGUCUUUGUCCAAGCUGUAGCAAAUAUUAAUGAAUUGGCCAAGGUCUUACCAUUCCUUUCGGUCAUCAAUAAAUUAGGCCCACAAGUGGUCGGUAUCAUUCAAGGUAUUUUGCCCGCUGUUGCUUUAUCCAUCUUGAUUUCUCUGGUACCCGUCAUCUUUACGAUUCUUUCGACAAAGGAAGGUAUUCCUCAGAGAUCCUUUGUUCAGCUGUCCGUUCUUCACAAGUUUUUCUUUUUCCAAUUGAUUGAUGUUGUAUUGGUCUCUACCCUUUCUGGUGGUCUCUUGGCCAUGAUUGAACAACUCAAAAAUAUCGCCUCUAACCCAUUUGGUAUUAUUAAUACCCUCUCCGAGAACUUGCCCAAGGCCUCCACUUUCUUUAUUACAUUUGUGAUGCUCCAGUCGACCAAUCAAUCAGGCCAGGCCAUGCUUCAGUUGGUUCCUUAUAUUUUGUCCUACAUCAUGCCUAUGUUUGCCACCACGCCUCGUGAUAUUUACAACCAAAAGAGGACAUGUCCCAACGUCAAUUUGGGUACGUUGAUUCCUGCUCAAACCAUCAUCUUUGUCCUCGGUCUUGAAUAUGGUGUCAUUGCUCCUUUGAUCCUGCCCUUUGUCUGCUUGUUCUUUGUGCUCCAAUACUUUGUCUACCUUUAUCAGUUCCUUUAUGUUUACGAAAUUCCCUUCGAGACCGCUGGUCGUGCUUUCCCCAGAGCUAUCCGUCAUGUCUAUAUCGGUCUGUUCAUCUCUCAAUUGACUCUGAUUGGUCUUUUCGCCAUUCGAACGGGUGCGCGUGGUCAAAUGGCCUUGAUGAUUGUGACUUUAGUCUGUACCGCCUUUGCGCUUUAUUAUUAUGAUCGUGCUUUCAAGCCUCUUUUCAAGUACUUGCCCGUCUCCAUCUUUGAGGAUGAGGAUGUGCCUGAUCCCAAAAAGACCGAUGCCAUCACACCCGAUGAUGUGCACCACGACGACAAUUUCCAAAAAGAAGCACAAAAAUCUGGCUAUGCCUCAGACAGUUCCUCCGAUCGUGUCAGUGAAGUCCUGGUCGAGCGCGCACCCAUCAGUUAUGAAGCCUAUCGCGCUCGUGAUGAGUUAUUAACUCGACUCCGGGAAGAAGAGAACCGUAGUAAAGAAGAAAUUACAAAAGAUAGCGCGAAUAUUAUUGCUACCGCUAAAUCUUUGUAUGCUUCUGAAUCCUAUAUGCAUCCUUCUACUUACGUAUCCAACCCCACUAUCUGGAUCCCUGAAGACGAUAUUGGCAUUGCGCAAAAGGAAAUCAAGGAAUUAAACUCUUUGGAUAUUCAAGGUAGCAGUCGAGGUGCUGCUGUGGUCCGUAACGCCAAGGGCAAAGGCAUCGUUACCAUUGACGAAGAAAGUUUAAUCAAUGAUUAUCAAGGCGCACCCGGUUCUGCUCCUACUGCUGCAAACGAAUCCAAUGUCAAUAAUUACGUCCGUGUAUUGGUCGAUGGAUAUAAUUUUGGUGAUGCUAUUACCAUGUUCUAA